AUGGCUACCUAUCUAGUCACCCAGGCAACCGGCCAGCAAGGCCUGGCGACCAUCGCGCAUCUACUCGCAGCCGGAGCCAAAGUCCAUGCAGUGGUGCGCGACCCCGGGAAAGUACCUCCGGCCCUGAAGAGACAGGGCGUCACAAUCUUCAAAGGCGAAAGCUCAAACCUCGACGAGAUCUACCAGGCGGCGCAAGGAUGCAAAGCCGCCUACCUCAACACGUUUCCCUGGCAAGGGCUCGAAACCCGGCAGGCCAAGACAAUCGUCGAGGCCUGCGAGAAAGCGGGCGUCGAGGGCAUCGUUGGCUGCACCGCCGUCGCCGUGGGCGACAGAGCCCUAUGGGACGACGCCGCGACCGAGGAGGUCGGCCUGCGCCCGUACUUCCUGUCCAAGUCCGAGGUCGAGGACGUCAUCCGCAGCGGCAAGUUCAAGGCCUACACCAUCCUCCGGCCGGCGGUCCUCCAAACCGACUUCACGCUGCCCACGGUCUUCGGCAACUUCCCCGGCCUCCCGAGCGGGGAGCUGGGCCACGCAUGCAACGACGGCGUCCGGGUGCCUUACACGGACACGGAGGACGUCGGGAGGUACGCCGCGGCGGCCCUGCAGGACCCCGGCAGGUUCGGCGGCCAGGAGAUCGACCUGCCAAACGCAUACCUCACCAUGGAAGAGGUGCGCGACGUGCUUGUCAGGGUCAGCGGCAGGGAGGUCCUCGUGAGACAGCUGACCCCCGCCGAAGUGGAGGUGACGAAGCAGGCCGCGCCCGGCAUGCUGUUCCAGAUCUGGGCCAACGGGAAGGACUUCACCGCUCUUAUGGACGCGGCCGAGGAGACCCAGGUAAAAUUCGGUAUACCGUUUACUUCGCUUGAAGCCGGGCUGCAGAGGGACAAGGCGCGCCUCUUGGAGUGCCUUCCGGCUUGA